GUUAGAUUUAGGUCAAAGUACUUAAUUUUGGGGAGGAGGAAAAUAGUAAUGUAAUUGUUAUCUUUUAAACUUCAAAUUCGAAGUGUUUAUUACUGACUUUUCUAUGUUUACUUUUAUACACUAUAAGCUCACUUAUUAGUUGUAGGAGAUUUUUUUAGUGUAUAUAGAUUCUUUAAAAUUUUAUGCAUAAAUGAUCAGGGAUGCCUUUAAUUUUUUGUUCUUACUUAAUUUCACUGUCUAGGACUUCUAGUAAAAUGUUGGAUAGGAGUGGUGAGAAAGGACAUCCUUGCCUUGUUCCCAAACUUAGGGAGAACUCAUUCAGUCCCUCACUAAGUAUCAUAACAAUAUUUGUUUUUCAGCUUCCCUAUGACUCUAUUUAGCAACCUUUACUAAAAGGAACACAAUCUGUCAUUGACUACUUUGAAGAUACAUACAUUAGGCACCUAAAAUCAACAAGAGCAGAGAGAUCCAAAAUGUGGUGCUUUUUCAAAGUGUUGUCUUUCAUCCUAAUUUUUGGAACUACUCAUGGUGCCUUUCGAUAUCGAAGAUCUGUGAACCCUGAAGCAAAUAUGAAUAUUAGCCAAAUUAUUUCCUACUGGGGCUACCCAGAUGAAGAGUAUGAUAUUGUAACCGAAGAUGGUUAUAUCCUUGGCCUUUAUAGAAUUCCUUAUGGGAAGACAAACAAUGAUAACAAUUCAGCUCAGAGGCUUGUUGUAUACUUGCAACAUGGUUUGCUGACAUCUGCCAUCAGCUGGAUUUCCAAUCUUCCUAGCAACAGCCUGGGCUUCAUUUUGGCAGAUGCUGGUUAUGAUGUGUGGAUGGGGAACAGUAGAGGGACUACCUGGUCCAGGAAACACUUGUACCUAAAAACAGAUUCCAAAGAAUUCUGGGCUUUCAGUUUUGAUGAGAUGGCUAAAUAUGACCUUCCAGCCUCCAUCGAUUUCAUUGUGAAGCAAACCGGACAGGAGGAAAUAUUUUAUGUAGGCCAUUCACAGGGCACUACUAUUGGUUUCAUAACAUUUUCCACAAUGCCAAAGAUAGCUGAAAGAAUCAAAAUAUUUUUUGCUUUAGCACCGGUUUUUUCCAUUAAAUACUCAAAAAGUGCUUUAAUUAAAAUGGCAUACAAGUUGAAGUCAGUGAUCAAGGCUUUUUCUGGCAACAAAGACUUCUUAGCUAAUACAUCAUUUAAUAGAUUUGUUGGGUUGGAGCUGUGUUCCCUAAAGAUUUUUGAUAAUAUCUGCAAUGAUAUCUUGUUUAUGAUGACUGGAUAUGAUCUGAAGAAUUUAAAUAUGAGUCGUGUGGAUGUAUAUAUGUCACAUAACCCAGCAGGAACAUCUGUUCAAAAUAUGCUCCACUGGAGUCAGCUUUUUAAUUCUAGUCACUUGAAAGCUUUUGACUGGGGCAGUCCUGUUCUGAACUUCCUUCAUUUUAAUCAGACAACUUCUCCAUUGUACAAUGUGACAAAAAUGAACGUGUCAACUGCAAUUUGGAAUGGUGAAAGUGACUUGUUGGCUGAUCCUGAAGAUGUUAAAAUUUUACUUUCUAAAAUCACAAACCGUAUUUACCAUAAAUCUAUUUCUUACUACAAUCAUAUAGACUUUUUGUUUGGAUUAGAUGUAUAUCAUCAAGUUUAUCAUGAAAUCAUUGAUAUCAUCAAAGGCCAUCUAUAAAAGAACAUGGGACUCUGUUGAAGGAUCUAUACAA